AUGCGGCCUUCAUCGAAAGGCUCCAGGGCCUGGCCCGCGAGGCUUUGGCGUGGCCGUUCCUGGGGGAUGAGCAGCGACUGGUCUGGGCCGCCGUGCUGCAGUUCGACGCCGUGCCCACCCAGGAGUUGCCUCCCUGGUUCUUCGAGCGGCACAACUUCACACGUCGGCGCCUAG